UCUUUUCGGCUCCGAGCGGAACCAGUUUGCUGCCGAGAACGCGAAGUCGACUCAAAGAGCCAUGGCCAUUGUUGAGAAGAUGCAAGAGCUGAGCCUGAAAGAGCCUGAGGCCCAGACGCGCCUGGUGCAGUUCAAGGUGUCGGGCCUGGAGGCUUUUCAGCUGGAGCUGGAUGCCGAGAGCCGCGUGCGUGACGUGAAGAAGCUGGCCAAGGAAGAGUGCAACAUCGAGCCGGAGCACAUGCGCUUCAUCUACAACAGCCGACAGCUCAAGGAUUGGGACACCCUGGAGUGCUAUGAUCCCAAGGCUGACACCCCAGUGCAGAUCCUCUUCACAGCGGGGCACACAGAGCUGCUGGGAGGUGUGGGUGGCACGGGCGGCGGCCCCCGCCAGGGCCACGGCUCCAAGCCCCAGAAGAACCCCUUCAGCGGCCCCGUGCGCGGGCUCCCCGGCUCCAAGGGCCUCCGCAGCAGCCGGGUGUCCGGGCGACCGGGUGGCAUGGCCUUGAUCCGCAAGUAUGGCAUCAUGAUGAAGCGCCAGGAGUUCCGCGAGAAGGCGGAGGAGAUCGGCUUUGUGAAGUAUCGCUGAGCGAAGUUUCGGCUCUGGAUGACGUGGUGAGUAGUGCUUUAGACAGCGACGGACAGCGCAGUUGGAUGUUCCUGCAGCA